AUGGUCAGGUCAACUCAAAUCGCCAGAAUCGAUGGCUUGAUGUUGGCAGCGUCGGUGGAUGAUGAACAGUCAGAGGUGGAAUUGUCAGAGAUCAAGUCUCAGGCCAAGAUGAUCUUCCGUCGCUUGAACCGCAAUUCAGAGCCGCAGGCGAGCAUUGAAUCAGGCCAGUUUAGUCUACACUAUAUCAUCCAAGACGAUAUUUGCUUCCUCUGCAUAUGCGAUCGCUCCUACCCCCGCAAGCUUGCCUUCACCUAUCUCGCCGACCUUGCGACCGAAUUCACCACCACUUACUCGCCGACACAGUACCAGUCCCCCACCCUGCGGCCGUACGCCUUUGUGGAGUUUGAUACCUUCAUUCAGCGGACCAAGAAGCUUUACCAGGACAGUCGUGCGUCGGCGAACCUAGACCGGUUGAAUGACGAACUCCGGGAUGUGACAAAAGUGAUGACCAAGAACAUCGAGGAUCUACUCUACCGUGGUGAUAGCUUGGAACGCAUGGGAGAGUUGUCCGGCCGUCUUCGGGAAGACAGCAAGAAGUACAGGAAAGCGGCUGUCCGCAUCAACUGGGAGCUGCUUGUCAAGCAGUACGGCCCAUUCGCAGGCGUCGGCUUCAUUCUCCUUUUCAUGAUCUGGUGGCGCUUCUUCUAA